AUGGCUGAGAUGGCUAGAAGUGUAGGAGAGCGUGGCUACAUGAUCGAGCAUUUUACGCGGAUGAAGCCUCCAUCUUUUGCUGAAGGUGCUGAUCCAGUUGUGGUUGAGAAUUGGGUUCAGGAUAUUAAGGAGAUUUUGGUGGUGCUUUCAUGUACAGACGAACAUAAAGUGGCAUUUGCAUCGUUUAAACUAACAGGAGAGGCAAAGCACUGGAGAUCAACGCGAUUGAUUGAGGAACAAAGGCCUGACCUCGUGCCAGUGAUGUGGAGUCGAUUUAAGGUUCUGUUCUUCGAGCGAUAUUUCCCUACUAUCGCCCGGAGUGCAAAGGUAGUGGAAUUCCUGCAUUUAGUUCAAGGGCAGAUGACAGUAUUACAGUAUGUCGUACAGUUUAUUAAAUUGUCUCACUUUGCCCCACACUUGGCACUAGACGAGGAGAAUAAAGUAAGGAAAUUUGAGGAAGGUCUGAUGCAGAAUUUGUUUAAGAAAGUCAUCGAUUUUUGGGCUCAGACGUUCGUGGAGGUGGUGGACAAGGCUGCCGUUAUCGAGAGUGGCAUGUAG